UGUAACCAAAGUAAGACUUAAAGUCAUUAUUAAAAACACAACGCAAGACGUAUUAAGAGGAUUCUAAAACAUGAUUUUACUUAUGUUCCUGCUGUGGUCAGUUUGUCUGGUCCAUGUGGAGAGUUUGACAGUCUCGGACUUCUAUCCUUUUGGAGUGGACCACGGUGAUACUACAAUGGCAGCAAAUGAUGAUGGGAGCUCUCCAAAUAUUCCAAUUUCCACAAAAUUCCCAUUCUUCAAUCACCAGCACGAAAAAUUAAUUGUGAGUACUAAUGGUGCCAUUUCAUUUCUGAUCCCAGUGAAUCAGUAUACGCCAACUCCUUUCCCGUUGGGUGGGGACCGUAGACUUAUUACUCCCUUCUGGGGAGACGUGGACACAACAAGAGGGGGGCAUGUCAGAUACAGAGAAACUACAGACCCUGAAAUAUUAGAGAGAGUUUCCAAUGAAAUCAGGGCGUAUUUCCCCGAGUUUUACCGUUUCCAUGCCGCUUGGGUUUUCAUAGCUACGUGGGAUAAUGUGGCCUUUUAUGGAUGUUCGCCGACUGGUUGUUUAAAGAGAAACACGUUCCAGGCUGUCUUGAUCACAAAUGGACAACAUUCCUUCACCAUUUUUAACUAUGCAAACAUUGUCUGGACUACCGGGACAGCAAGUGGUGGAAAUGCAGAAACUGGGCUUGGCGGAACACCUGCACAGGUUGGUUUUAAUGCUGGUGAUGGGAAAGUAUAUUAUGCAGUUAAUGGGUCCCGAACAGCAGACAUAGUCAACAUAAACAGGAAGUCCAACGUGGAUAUACCUGGAAAGUUCGUAUUCAGAAUAGAUUCAUCGGAAAUAGGAGGAGGAGGGUGUAACACGGAAGGAAAUGUCAUCAUAACGCCACGGAGCGGCCCAAUGUUCGGUGGUCAACAUCUGACAUUCAGUGGACCUUGUAUAGAAGAAUACACUUCAUUCAAAGUCAAGUUCUCCAACACAAGAUAUACAUUAAGAUGUGAAAAGGACUCACCUUACAGCUUUUAUUGCAUUACACCUCCGUUUGACAGCGCUGGCGAUGUCCAAGUUGAUAUCAUAUUGGCUAAUGAAAACAAAACCAAAACAUUCAGUGGAAAAUACACUAUUUUGAAUCCUGCUUUCAGCAAAGUCCUUGUAAAUCGCCAAAAUGGAAACAGUUGGGGAAAUGAUGAACAUAAUAUAUCAUGGAAUGAAAACGUCAAAGAACUUCAAAACACUAGUACAGUAGAUAUCUACGUAUACAAAAUCAAGGAGGAAAAGGGUGAGAUAAAAUUAAACCCUUUUAUUGCAAAGAUGAAUGUGACUAACUCAAUCGCUUGGAUGACUUUUAGUUUAAAGAUGACUGAACAGGUCGCAAUUAUACGGGUAACAUCUCGUGUGGAGACUGCAUUCAAAAUGCCACAAAGAGGAAUAUGGUCAGAUGUGUUCCCACUUACCCCUUCUAAAGCUGAAGCAAAACGUCUUUGUAAAAAUUGGAUAGAAAAGGAACGUACUUUUACAAAGUUAAAUGUUGCAGAACCUUGUCCAUGCACCCUCCAGCAGGCACUGUUAGACAUUGUAAAGUACCAGCCCGAUCCUGACUGUAACAUGCUCCACGUGGGAGCAGAGGGGCGGGGCAACUGUCGUUAUAGACGUGAUGCACAGCAUUGUGUGAGACUGACAUUACCAAGUGAAGAUGGCACCGACAACGUCUGCUGUUUCAAUGAACAAGGAAACCUAAUAGACUCUAGAUCCCACGAAGGCGGUACACAACAGCGGUAUCAUUAUCGAGGUGACAACCAUAACAAUAUGCCCUAUGUGACAAACUUUUGCAUGGACGUUGUUCCGUUUCUGCAUUGCUGUCGUUUUUCUCAGACGUCCCUGAAUGAAACUAGCGAUGAGGAUGAAACAUACAGUCUCUGCCAGGACUUUCUGACGCUACGGAGAUACAGUUCCUGUGAAAAUUACGACCCUCCUAAACCAGCAAGAACUAGUGGUGACCCUCAUAUCACUACAUUAGACGGACUCAGUUAUACGUUUAACGGAGCUGGAGAAUUCGUGUACAUUUACAUGGAGGAUGACCUAUUUAAAAGCCAAAUCCGCUUUGAACAGUUCAGAAAAGUCGAUGGAUCGCUUGUUAAGGCAACUGUAGCGACAGCCGUAGUGAUGGAGUAUGAGAAUAGCUCUGAUUGCAUAGAAAUUAGACUUAACUCGAUAAGAACAGCUGAUGUCCUCAGAAACGGAGAACUACUUGAUUUUCAAGAUUCCAGAUGGUUAAACGUGAAAGGUGCAACCAUUGUAUCACUCCCUACUAAAGGAAAUAACACGGGCAAGUCAUUAAUGAUCAUGUUUCAAGAUAUCAAAAUUGCAUUCAGCAUCGAAGCCUCGAAAGAUAUCUUAAACGUCAUGCCAGUUGUUCAAGGAAAGGAACUGAAUGGAACACUGAAAGGAUUGCGGGGAAAUUAUGAUGGCAGUCCAUUGAAUGACUUAAUGUUUUCAACACAUCAACAAUUUCAGCAAAAUGAAACUGACGAUUCCUUUAUUUUUGAAUUUGGGAUGUCAUGGGCCAUCAACGAGACAGAGUCCAUGUUCACGUAUGAGCCUGGUAAGAGUUUUUCAGACUAUCAUCAGCCCUCAUUCCGUCCCGUGUUUGAGUCCUCCGUGUCGGUUACAGAGGAAGUGAGGGCGGUGUGUGGAGAAGACAAAGAUUGUAUUUUUGAUUUCUCUGUCACGGGAUCACGUGACGUGGCAGAACAAUCCCGAACAUUCCAGAAACAGUUUCAGGAAUCUCAAAAGGCGGCUGUGGUAGUUUUGACUUGUAGUGACUUGCCGACAGUUCCUGAUGGAGCCUGGGAAUCCACCAAUGGAAAUCUAGAAAACUCUUCUGCAGUAUUUGUUUGUGGAAAUGGCUAUAUUGUAUUAAGUAGUGUAAACAAUGUUACCUGCAGGAAUGGAAUUUGGGAACCUCAAGGAAAUGCAUCUUGUAUAAAGAAUGGCACGGAUCUUUAUACAAGUAGCACGACUAUGUCUACUCCUGCUUAUUCAACUUCUUCGGAUGUAUCUGUUUACAUUGGUGUUGGAGUCGGAAUUCUUCUCAUUAUUAUUAUCCUUUUAACUAUUUCGUUCCUCUUAAUACGGAACAGACAGAGAUCUGGAGGAUUCAGUAUCUUUGCGAGGUCUACAAAUUUAACUAAACCUGACGACGCAGAUGAUCACAUUACUGAAUUAUCUCCGUUACAAACAGAUCUAGAACAGAAAUCAUUUUCUGAGUCUCCUUCUAAAUAAUAGUUUGAAUUUUAAAUCUUUGUUGAGUUUUGCAGCAUUAUAUUUUAUUAAUGCGGUUUUUAUACAUUUUCGGAUGGUAUAAAACAUUAUAAGUAUUCACCUGUUGAUUCUGAAAUUUUUACCCGUGUUGUGUUCUUGAUGUUGAUAUACAUAAUGUAAAUUAAAUUUAAAAUAAGAAAGAUAACAGAUACAGGAACACAAUGGACAUACCUAAGAACAAAGAGAACGUGAAAUAUGUUUAUAAUUAAAUUUAUUUGUAUAUCAUACAUGAAAAGAAAAGUGUGCUAGCUUUUAUACUUUAAAACAUGUUCCAAUACUUGGUAUUAUGCUUUAUAAUUAUCAGUUUAGUUAUAGCGUUUAACAUAGAGGUUUGGUGUUACACUAACAUUAAUAGCUUUAAGUAGGAAUACCCAAAUAUGAAAUAGAUAUGUUAGCCUUUGUGGUAUCUUGUUAUUUUAUUUCACACUCACUGGGAUAUAUCGAGUGGACAUAUCUAUGAAAGUAACUAUUCAUUAUUAAAAAUACUUCAUCGAUUUAUCGAAAUGUCGAGUUGAAGAUCACAGCAAA